UAUGGCUCCUCCCUUCCCUCAUUAUGGUAGCGUCUCCCCCGUCCGCAGUUCUUUCAUUUUUGUCAAGUCGCUGUAGCCAUGAGUAUGCUCAGGCUUCAGAAGCGGCUGGCGUCCAGUGUCCUGCGAUGUGGGAAGAAGAAGGUGUGGCUCGACCCCAACGAGACUAAUGAGAUCGCUAACGCCAACUCCCGCCAGCAGAUCCGUAAACUAGUGAAAGAUGGUCUUAUCAUAAGGAAGCCUGUGACAGUGCAUUCGCGAGCACGAUGCCGUAAGAACACUCUGGCACGGAGGAAAGGCCGCCAUAUGGGUGUUGGUAAGAGGAAGGGUACAGCCAACGCCCGUAUGCCAGAGAAGCUGUGCUGGAUGCGGCGCAUGCGGAUCCUGCGUCGCCUGCUGCGUCGUUACAGGGAAUCCAAGAAGAUCGACAGGCACAUGUACCACAACCUCUAUCUGAAGGUUAAGGGUAAUGUUUUUAAGAACAAGCGCAUCCUGAUGGAGCACAUCCACAAACUGAAGGCAGACAAGGCUCGCAAGAAGCUCCUGGCUGAUCAGGCUGAAGCUCGCCGCUCCAAGACCAAGGAAGCCCGCAAGCGCAGGGAAGAGCGUCUCCAAGCCAAGAAAGAGGAGGUCAUCAAGACUUUGUCCAAGGAAGAAGAGACCAAAAAGUGAUCAUAUUUCCACUCUUUCCAGUGCUAAUAAAGUGUACAGAGAUUUAAAGAUG